GACAUAUUUUUACUCAUUAUUUGCGAUUGAUUUUACUCUGAGUCCUCUUACGGAAAGUUGAAUCUGAAUCGUAAAUGGCUUCUCUGCCGAACUGUUUCAAACUUCAGUUGAGGAUUCUCUACAUUAAAAAUUGUCGCUAUGCCAGUUUCAAAAAAUAUGGUGGCAGCAUUGCUGUAGGCCAAAAUUUUUUAACGAGAAAUCAAAUCAAACCAAGGUUGGCAAUAUUUCAUCUUGUGAACAAGGCUGAGUAUUCUGACUCUACUUUUUCGAAGAACCCACCUGGUGGAGUGGGCACGGGAGGAGGAGGAGAUGUAGGUGCAGGAAGUGGAGGAGGUAAACAGGGUAAAGGGGGCAGUGAUAAGAACUGGAUCUGUCCACACUGUGGAGAAAUAUGUACCCAUGUUGAUAUGUUUGUCUCCACAAGAUUUGUAAAGUGUGACAAAUGUAAAAGGUUUUUUGCUGUCAUUCAAGAAAGUGAAGCUAAAGUUAAAAAAGAGGAACAAGACAUCCAUGUUGCUGACAGAAAACUUCCCCCUCACCCUAGAAAAAUCUAUGAGUACCUGAACAGAUUUGUAGUUGGACAGGAGCAUGCCAAGAAGGUCCUGUCAGUAGCUGUUUAUAAUCAUUACAAGCGUAUAUAUCACAACAUACCACCAUCAACGUCAGCUGCCAUUGCAAGUCAAGCACAACAAAGUGGCAGGAAAAAUAGUGAUCUACCGUCUAACGUUUUUUCCGGUAGAGCUGAUCUAUUACAAAUAACUGGAAUAUCCACAAGUGCACCAGCAGCUCCUGGGAGUCAACCAUCCCUGGCGUACCCCCCACUCAUUCACCACCCUCAACAACAACAACAACAACAGUCACAACCACAAGAUGACAACAAACAUAACAGUGAUGUCCUGGACAAUGGAAAUUAUGAGAUCAAAUUGGACAAAAGCAACAUACUCAUGCUUGGUCCCACAGGAUCAGGUAAGACUUUUAUAGCCCAAGUGCUAGCCCGGUGUUUAGAUGUUCCAUUUGCCAUUUGUGACUGCACAACUUUGACACAGGCUGGUUAUGUUGGAGAAGAUAUUGAAUCAGUUAUUGCCAAGUUAUUACAAGAUGCAAAUUUCGUUGUAGAAAAAGCUCAGCAAGGAAUCGUGUUUUUGGAUGAAGUUGAUAAGAUAGGCAGUGUGCCAGGAAUUCAUCAGUUGAGAGAUGUGGGUGGGGAAGGAGUGCAACAGGGGAUGUUGAAGUUGCUGGAAGGGACGAUUGUCAAUGUACCUGAACGUAAUUCGCGAAAGUUACGAGGGGAUAGUGUUGCAGUUGACACAACGAACAUCUUGUUUGUUGCAUCUGGAGCUUUCAAUGGCAUGGAUAGAAUAAUCAGUCGUCGCAAACAUGAAAAGUUCUUGGGUUUCGACUCCACAAGCGACAACAAGGAAGGUCGCAGAGCAGCAGUGCAAAGAGAUUUGAAGUCUUACAGAGAAUGUGAAAAUACAAAAGAUGACCAGGCCGAGAAAGAUGCACUGACCAAACAAGUUGAAGCUCGUGAUCUUGUUGAGUUUGGUUUGAUUCCUGAAUUUGUUGGAAGGUUUCCAGUUGUGGUUCCUUUCCACUCCUUGAAUGAAACUAUGCUCAUGCGUAUAUUAGUUGAACCCAAAAAUGCCCUGGUUUCACAGUACAAAAUGCUUUUCAAUAUGGACAAGGCAUGUGUCAACCUGGAAUUCAAGCAAGAUGCACUGGAAGCAAUUGCCAAACAAGCAAUGGAGAGGAAAACUGGAGCUAGAGGGUUGAGAGCUAUCAUGGAAAAUAUUUUGUUGGACACAAUGUUUGAAGUUCCAGGAUCAGAUAUCAUCGAAGUUAUCAUAACUGAAGAUGUCAUCAAAAACAACCAGCAACCACUUUAUGUGAGAAAAGAUUUAUCUUCAUCAUCAUCCCAAGCUUCGUUAUCGUCUGCAGAUUAUGAUGACUCAACUACAGGGUCCAGCAGUAUGGAAGAGAGGCAAAGAAGCACUUUAUAAAACUGUUAACCUCACAAUUUCUUUACUAUUUAUCGUUUAUUUUAUAUAUCAUUCUCUGGCAUUUGUACAUUAAAACCUAACAAGAUAAUUGUGUCCGUUGAUACGUUUUACAACCUGCCACUCUGAUAAAAUUUAAUGAACACGUUUAGUGAGAUAAAAUAAAAGUUAUCUCAACUUAAUGUUUCAACAAUCUUAAAUAUUGAUUUUUAAAUGCGUUUACGGUCACUAAUUUGAUUUAAGUUUUUCUUAAACUUUUCAAAGCUUUUAAAGUCAUGUUCGAACGUAAGAUUUUUAUUUAUUCUAGGCUGUUGUGAACAUAUUUCACAUCCAAUAUUUUGAAUUCUAGUUGGAAUGUUCAUUUCUUAAUUUCUGCUUAGGUAACAAUUGUCAGUAUGUGAUACUCCAUUGGAUCUUUUCAUUGUAUCUUUAAUUUGUUAAUUGUUUUAAUGUAAAGCUAUAUUCAUGCAAUACAUUUUAUAGCAA